UGUGCAACGGCUUUUGUUUUUCAAUAGGAUGGAAUCUAUCAAUCAAUCCAUUGCCGAAAUGUGCGAAGCACUCACAGGCGCUGUUGACACUUUGGGAAGUGUUGACAACCAACAGAACGCACUAACAAACACCUUGUUGGUCCUCCAUUCGCAAAUUAUUGCUGGCCUCAAACAAGCCAAUCAUCUAAUCGGCCAAACUGUCGCAAAUGAAGCGGCCAAUGCCAAUGGAUCUGUCCCAAUUGUUGAGGCGAACGCAAACGUGGAGGUCGCUCCUGGUGACAUCGUUGCCGAUCAAAUUCUCGCAAAUGAAGCGGCCAAUUCCCUCGAAAAUGUUCCAGAUCGCAGUGUGAAUGCCGUUGUAGCGGGUGACUCAGGCGCCGAAAUGAAGGAAGUAACGCUCAUCCCAAACAUCCCCCAACAGCGUUUAGUUGGUAUAGUCGAAGGAUUUGUUGAAGUUGUAUUGAACAUUCAAGAUGGUGAUGCCCCAGUGGAUGUACCGCUCAUCCCACUCAUCUCUCGCAAGCGUAAAGCGGUAAAAUCCUCGAGUGAUUGGUGGCUUACCAAGCGACAAAAAUUCUAAAAAACUCGAAGACGAUAAAGAACUUUUAAAGUGAGUACAUUGUCAAAUUUA